GCGGGUCGCGCAUAGGUGGGCCGAGCCACAGGCUGCGGUGGGACACGCGCAGAGGGCGAGAGAGGGGGAGAGAGACACUUGCAGCGCACAGGGAGAGAGAGAGACAGAGAGAGACAGAGAGAGAGAGUUGAUCUGCAGCAGCAGCAGCAUCGUGCUCACACACUGACUCAGUGGACGACUGUUCCUGCGAGAGGAAUAGAACGACUCCGACUGUUUUUUUUAAAAUACCUUUUAUUCUUUUAUUCUAAUAAGUCCGACUGUACAGGAAACGACGCGUCCGCCUCCUCCACACGUUUCUCCAGCCGCGGAUGAGCAACACGCCUGGGUUGUUAUGUUUGAAAAGGAGUCGGGACAGACACUGGACCAGUCGACUGCAACUGCGAUGCCUUCCAACAAGUACUCUGCUGCAAUCUUGGAGGAGAGCAACAACAUGACUGCCACUGCGCCGGUGAACGGAGACACGCCUCCAGCUGAAGGCCUGUCAGAGAACGACAGCGGCGUGGAGCUGACCAAUGAGAACAGCCCUCUGACUGCGGCUGAACCGCCCUCCCCCUUUAGCCCUAAACAGAACGGAGACGCUGCCUCACCUCAAGAUGAAAACCAGUGUUCGAGCGGAAGCAGGAAGAGGAGCAGGAAGAGGUCAGAAGAGGAGGAGCGUACCUGGGACUCCUACAGCGAGGAGAAAGUGUCGGGAACGUCUCAGUUGGGUCUGAGACAGACACCUCAACCCAGAACCAUCUUUCAGGCCGGUCUGACGCCGCACACACACACCAAGCAUCGCAGACAGAACCGCAAACAGGAGCACAGCAUGCUACUGUGCGCUGGUGGUCCUCGGGCGGUGGUGGUCGUGUCCAGCGAGGUCCCCGAGGCCCCUCGCCUGGAGCUGAUGGAACAAGACUCCAAAGACUCGGCCCAGAGCAGCGGCACCACGUCCAGCUCCGAAACGCAGCCAGAGUACAAUGACAACAAGGGUUUUGGCAUCGGCGAGCUGGUGUGGGGGAAGAUCAAGGGAUUUUCCUGGUGGCCCGGCAUCGUGGUGACGUGGCGCGCCACCGGCAAGAGGCAGGCCAGCCACGGCAUGAGGUGGCUGCAGUGGUUUGGAGACGGCAAGUUCUCUGAGGUUUCUGCAGACAAGCUGGACUCCAUCAUCGCCUUCCCCAAGUUCUUCAGCCAGGCUUCCUACACCAAGCUGGCCUCGUACCGCAGGGCCAUCUUCCAGGCCCUGGAGAUGGCCAGUAUCCGGGCGGAGAAGACGUUUCCCCCCUGCGAGUCAGACAGUCCAGAGGACCAGGUCAAACCCAUGCUGGACUGGGCCAACGGCGGCUUCCUGCCCAAAGGAGAGGAGGGACUCAAACCGACACACAGCGCCAACAGCAACCCUCUGGACCACCAGGUCCUCGAUGUUUCACUGCCAGAGUACUUCCCCAGCGCGAAGCGGCCCAGAUUGAGCCUCUGCAAGAGCAAGGCCGCCCCGGAGGAGUCCUACUGCAGAGAACAAAUGGUGAAUGAAGUUCUGAAGAAUAAUAGUAGUAUAGAAGAAUUCUGUCUCUCCUGCGGAAAGGGGAGAGCAGCAACUUUCCACCCACUGUUUGAAGGAGGCCUGUGCCAAACAUGCAAGGACGUGUACCUGGAGAUGUCCUACAUGUACGAUGACGACGGCUACCAGUCGUACUGCACCGUCUGCUGUGGCGGUCGAGAGGUUCUGCUCUGCGGCAACGCCAACUGCUGCAGGUGUUUCUGCGUGGACUGCCUGGACAUCCUGGUCAAUCCUGGGACAUCCAACAGCGCUCGCUACCUGGACCCGUGGAGAUGCUACAUGUGCCAGCCGCUGCUGCAGUACGGCGUCCUGAAACUGCGGCACGACUGGGGCCUCAAGCUGCAGGAGUUCUUCGCCAACGACAACGGACAGGAGUUUGAGAAACCAAAGAUUUACGCAGCAGUCCCUGCAGAGCAGAGACGACCCAUCAGAGUUCUGUCCCUGUUUGACGGCAUUGCCACCGGAUACCUGGUUCUAAGGGAUCUGGGAUUCAAGGUGGACCAGUACGUGGCGUCGGAGGUGUGCGAGGACUCCAUCUCAGUGGGCGUCGUCAGACAUGAAGGAAGGAUUCAGUACGUCCAUGAUGUCCGGGACAUCAGCAAGAAGAAUAUUCUAGAGUGGGGCCCAUUUGAUCUGGUGAUAGGAGGAAGUCCCUGCAACGACCUCUCAAUAGUCAACCCUGCGAGGAAAGGCCUCUAUGAAGGCACAGGGAGGCUGUUCUUUGAGUUCUACCGUCUGCUGAGCGAAGCCAGGCCCAAAGAAGGAGAGGACCGGCCGUUCUUCUGGAUGUUUGAGAACGUGGUCGCCAUGGGCGUCAACGACAAGAGGGACAUCUCGCGAUUCCUGGAGUGUAACCCUGUCAUGAUUGAUGCUAUUGAGGUUUCCGCUGCCCACCGUGCCCGAUACUUCUGGGGAAACUUGCCCGGCAUGAACAGGCCUCUGUGUGCCUCCGGGAUGGACAAGCUGGAGCUGCAGGACUGUCUGGACCACGGCAGAGUUGCGAAGUUCGGAAAGGUGCGCACCAUCACCACUCGCUCCAACUCCAUCAAACAGGGGAAAGACCAGCACUUCCCUGUCUUGAUGAACGGGAAGGAGGACAUACUGUGGUGCACUGAGCUGGAGAGGAUCUUCGGCUUCCCUGUUCACUACACGGACGUGUCCAACAUGGGCCGCGGUGCCCGACAGAAGCUCCUGGGCCGAUCCUGGAGUGUCCCCGUCAUCAGGCAUCUGUUCGCACCGCUCAAAGACUACUUUGCCUGUGAAUAGAGGCCACCUGUCCACCAGCAAAACAGAUGCCACUUGUGAACACACCAGCUUCUCCAUUGUGAUACUGGCUUUCGGAAAAAACAACGACAUCCUCCGUAAAGAGCUGGAGGUUUGAAUUCCCUCUGUCCGCCUCUGUGGCAGGCGAGCGGCCAAGUUUGUCAGUGUAGCUGGGAAAACAGUGAAAGUAGCUGUUUCAAUGCACUGUAGCCUUAGACACACACUAACACAGAGACACAAAUACAGCGUGGGUGAGCACCUUGGCUGUGGUUUAUCACGAUAUCCAAUAGGGAAAGGGAAGGUAAGAAAGUCAGGGGAAAGUGCCUGUCAGCAUCACUGACCAUAUCAUCUGUAAUGGAGGCCAGUAGUGGGGGAGGUGCCUCUCUGGAAGAGUUAAAAGGGAUAGGAGAUGACACUCACUCCUUUGUUUUAAAUAUUUCUCCUUUUUUUGAAUGGCCUGAGAAGGCUUUGGGUUUUUUUCAAGUUGACAACACUUCUGAGCUCUAAAAAAAAAUGGGGAACAACAAAGCAUAAAUAGUAGAACUUCAAACCAAAUCUGGAAUUUUUUUUUUUUUUUUAAAAAACACUUGAAAGCUCACUUGAACCAAAGUCAAACGACGGACAGGUGAACUCCUGCUCCCUGCUCUGGGCGACCUGCUGUCUCUGAGUCAAAUUUAAUUUUUGUUUUUGUUUAUUGCAAUGGUCUGUGUACAGACACCAAAACAUGAAACUGCAGUUUUCUGUCCAAAAGUCUUGCAUCUCUUAUUGGCCAAAACAAUGCAUACCAAAACGACAUACCCCAUGAGUCUUUGCCACAGGUAUACUGUGAAAGGCUCACAGGAGCUGCCGCUGACCGAUGCUAACAAAAAUAAGUCAAUUAUCUUCUGCUGAAUGUGUCGCUCAAAUUUUACGAGACAGCACUGUAGAUCCUAUUUGGACUGAAAUGCGUAAACUUUUGAAAAGACUGGCGAAAAGAAGUCCUUUUGGGAGAAAAUACAAUGAGCUUUGGAAGCUCGCGGAUCAGUGGCGAACCUGGAUCUUUUUAUAAUAAACAAUAAUUUUUUACUUUUUUGUACUUUUGCUUGUUAAAAAAAGAGAAAAAAAACUUUUAUAAAGCUUAUAUGAACAUGUUUUUGUAUAGAUAGUGUGAAAUUUGAGCUAUACUGUUAUCGCGUCACAGCGAUGUCUCCCUGAGAGCUACACACAAAUACUUGAAACAAAGCCUAUGCAAAAACAGAGAUGUGGAGAAUGGGUUUUGUCUUUUGUCGACCAUUACAGACAGCUGGGGUGAAAAAAUUAAGAGGGAUGUCAUUUCUCCCGCUGUAGAUGUUUGAUUAUUAUUUUCAAGGUUAAACAAUUGUUUUAGUUCACUGUAAUCGCUGAAUGCCAGUGUCUCCCCAUGUGGGUGAAAAAGAUGGGGGUCACUGUGGUUUUACAAUUGUUUCUGUUCAGCAAAGGAAAGAAUUAUAUUUUUUUGUAACCUAGCACUGACUACUUUUACUUUUACUCUAAGGGAGUUUUCAGUUGAA